AUGGCAAAAGGUGGCCAACUUCGCGAGUAUCCAUCUUCAGCGCCCGUCAUCAACAUCUCGGCAACGCUGAAUCAGAACAUCGUCGUUCGGCAGGAAAGAACUCAACCGUGUUCAAGUAGCCAUGAGCGACCUGGGAAAAAUGCCGGCCAUAUUGAUCUGACCCUCAAUGACGAUGAUGGAUACUUAUCAUCUGACACUGAGCGCGGUUCAGUCGUCGACGUUACAGAACCAAGACAAUUUCAUGAGGACGAUUACCUCGAUGACGAUCAAUUAGAGAGUCUUCUACAGAGCUGGAAUGAAGACACGGGCAAGAAAGCAAAGCCGGCUACCCAGCAUCUUGCGACAAUCCCACUGCAAGAGUAUAACGGACUCGUUGCUGGGAUGGCGGUUGAGUUAUCUGGCGGUCAUAUCAUGAGGAUUAAGCAAAUAUUACGCUUGAUCACUGGAGACAUCUAUCUGCAAGGCUUAUACUUCAAAGAGCUAACGGAGUUGGACCGUCCUUUCCCCCAAAGACCAAAAGAACUGUGCUGGUUGAUAGAAGAGGAAGCAGAUGGGAACGUUCACCUUGAACGAGAAGUUCCAAUAUCUGACGUCUCAGGGGUGUGCAAAGUUGCCCUGACCAAUUAUACAUGGCGAACUUUCGUCCCCGCGGCCCAUGAUUCAUAUAUAUGCCGACUUGUUUGGCAGAAAACAUCUGAAAAAGGAGAAUGGAUCAUUCGGUACCUCACUUAUGAAGAAGCUGAUGACCGGACCAGGGCUUAUGCGAGUACUAUACGAAAGGAAUGGAGAGGAGAGACCACCCCAUACGGUGCUGAAACAGUAUCUACGUCUAAUCUUACGGCUGCUGAACGCAAAGAAGUAAGACGCUCGUUGAAAAAGCAGAGACAAUACUCUUUUGGAGAUGCUUUUUGUGGAGCCGGGGGAGUUUCUGUUGGCGCAUGGAAAGCUGGCCUGAGAGUAAAGUAUGGGAUCGACAUCGACAAAGCUGCUUGUAAGACAUGGGGAACCAACUUUGUCCAUUCAGAUUGCUAUCAUGCAGAUUUUUACAGUUGGAUUGCACUACAGGAUGAUGAAGUGCGGGUUGACAUCAGCCACAGCUCGCCGCCAUGUCAGCCCUUUAGCCCUGCGCACACACGGUCGUACAACCAGCAGAGAGAUGAAGAGAACUCAUCCCUCAUCUUCAGCGCGUUCAACAUGAUUCAAAAGGUCAAGCCGCGGAUCCAUACCAUCGAGGAGACGUUCGGAGUUCCCUCAAGGUACAAAGAGACAUUUCUGCGAAUGAUCCAAGAUUUUCUCGAACUUGGAUAUUCAAUACAUAGCAAAACUAUAGCGUGUGCUAAGUACGGAGUUCCUCAACUACGAAGACGACUUUUUAUCAUUGCAGCUGGCCCUGGUGAGAAGCUUCCUGCCUUCCCGGUCCCGACUCAUGGGCCAGGUUUACAACCAUACGUUACGAUAAAAGACGCCAUCAGAAAUAUACCCCGACGAGCUGACCAGCAUGAUCCAGAGAAUACUGUCUUUCAAGAUGGCCGGACCCGAGCGCCUUACGACGAGAACACUCUUGCUAAAACGAUAACUUGUGGCGGGGGUGAAGGGAACUACCAUCCCAGCGGACUCAGACCUUUUACGAUCCGUGAAUUGGCUUGUUUGCAAACAUUUCCUGUGCAGUAUCGAUUUCCAACGGCCUAUGCUAAGAAGCAAGUUGGAAACUCUGUCCCACCUCGUCUGGCGGAGGUAAUUUUUCGAACUGCUAUCAAGUCACUUCAGGAGACGGAUGAUAGGGAGUACAAUGAGGCCGUUGUUGUCGACCGACUUGGAAGACCAUGGCAAAUCUGACGCUGGAUGAGAGCCUGGUUAGCCGCAGUUGCGCCACGAUACUGCGGUACCGCAGCCAGUCAGACAACAGGGAUAUCGGCACAGUUGUCCGAGACCGCAAUGAAUCAGAUACAUUGCCUGACAACGAAGAAACCGAUCGGAAGGAGGUGCUUCACUUGGUCG